AUGCUACGAAAGGGAGCUUCUUCACUUCGAAACUGUUCAAGGGCAACCUCGUUGCGGCUGCUCACUCGCGCAACAGCCGAUUCGUUGCCCAUGCUCAUCAACAACGAGCACCCAUUUCUCUCCUGUCAGGCCAUGCGCAUGUUCGGCAUGUAUUUCGCCGUGCCAGUGGCAGUGCUCAAACUCGUGCAAGUCGUUUUCGAUGCCGUUUUUAUGCCAGAGCGCCUGCUCAGCAACAUGUGCCAUAGCUUGCCGAUGCAGGUCAAGAUAGAAAGCGACUCGACCGCCGAAUGUUUGGCGGCUUGUAACCAAAUUUGUCAGUCGUCGUGCAGCCCAACGAUCUCCUCAUCGCAAUGUAGCCACACCUGUGAUGCAACUUGUGCAGAACAUUGUCCAGUAGAAUCAGCGUCUGCACAAAGCCCUACUACGUCGCAGACUGCUCCUCCAACCAUUCCUCCACUACCUUUGAAAAUUAAUAUACAGCUAGCGCCUGACAACCCACCACACGAGUUAUGGAAUCAAAGCGCGGUUCCACCAUCAGAGCCUCCUCCAACUAACUGCCUACAACAAUGCAGUGAGGGCUGCCAACAGAGCUGCAGUGAACGAACACCACCACCUGCUGAAGGAUGCGGCGCCAGUUGUAUCAAUACGUGCAACUAUAUAUGUGCUUCGUCAAAGCCAUCGCAGAUGACAGUCAAAGAUGUCUCGACUUAUCCUGUGAGGUUAGAUCCUCAACAAAGGACCCUCAGAUGUUCUUCUGAAUGUCAAUCCGUAUGUCAGCUGGCCUGCAAGAGUCUAGGUUCAAGGAGCUCCUGUAUUGACACUUGCGCACCUCACUGUGAUCAAGCCUGCUCUUCCCCUCAGGUCCAACGCAACUCCGCCUAUCUCUUUUCGCGGAACAAGACGUCGACAAUGUCAGAUACACACUCGUUAGAAGUGCCAUCGCCUGACCCAACGAAACCUGCCUUCCAGCCAACAACAACUACAGUUCCUGUUCGAAUAGAGAUCAUCUGGGAGAAUCAGCCGACAGCAACGGCAAUGCCACCGUAA